CAGAAGCUUAGUAGUGUGUGCGGCGACAUAUCUCCCUCCUUUUUUAAAACGCCGCCCCACCUAAAAAAUCCCCUAAAAAGGGGAAAAAAAAACUCCUUUUUUAACCCCUUUUCAAAGAUUACACCCAUUAUUUUUCCCCUUUAUUUCGGGAAACUGUAGGAAUCGGCGAAUCCGAUCGCGUAAUCAGUUCUCUCGAUUCGUUUUCCACGAAAUGGAGGACAAAGGACGUCUACAAGAAGUGGAUCUUUCUUCUUCAUAUGAAGCUGCAAUGGAAGCCCUUUCUUCUCUUAUUAGUCGUCAGAAGCGUGGAACCGAACCAAAGAAAGCUGGCAAGUUUGGUUUAAUGUUUAAAUAUCUGCAGGUAGCUGGUUUGGAUAAAUCCAUUUCUGAACUUAAGAUUAUGCAUGUUGCCGGAACUAAAGGAAAGGGUUCAACUUGUACAUUUUCAGAAGCCAUUUUAAGGGAAUGUGGUUUGCAAACUGGAUUAUUCACAUCUCCUCACUUGAUUGACAUUACAGAAAGAUUUCGCAUUAAUGGGUCAGAUAUAUCCAGAGAGAAAUUUUUAUAUUAUUUCUGGGGCCUUUGGCACCAAUUGAAGGAGAAAAAUGUAGAUGGUUUGCUAAUGCCUCCUCUUUUUCAAUUCCUCACACUGUUGGCAUUUAAGAUAUUCUUGUGCGAAAAGGUUGAUGUUGCCAUUGUUGAAGUUGGUAUUGGCGGUAGAUGGGACUCGACAAAUGUGAUUAAGCAGCCUGUUGUAUGUGGCAUAACUUCACUUGGGAUGGAUCAUAUGGAGAUAUUAGGAGACACCAUUGAAAAGAUUGCAGCAGAAAAGGCUGGGAUUUUUAAGCAUUCUGUCCCUGCAUUCACAGUGCCCCAACUUGAGCAAGCCAUGUCUGUUCUUACUGAAGAGUCAUCCAAAUUGUCGAUUCCACUGGAAGUUGCACCACCUCUAGAUUCAGAAAAAUUGAAGGGAUUAAAGCUUGGAUUAGCUGGAGAACACCAAUACAUCAAUGCAGGCCUUGCUGUUGCUCUUUGCAAAUGUUGGCUUCAGAGAACUGGGUAUACUAAAGUUCUUUUGAAGGAUGACUUAGAAGGAAGCUUACCAGAAGAAUUUCUUAGAGGCCUUUCCACCGCUAAUCUUUUUGGACGUGCUCAAAUUGUUAAUGACAAGCCAGAAAAAUUUGACGAGAAUUCGGAGCUAAAUGGUUACUGUGGUAAUUUGAUCUUUUACUUAGAUAGUGCUCAUACUCCAGAGAGUCUCGAAGCUUGUGCUAAGUGGUUUUCCAAUGCUUUGUGGGACAACCAACACCCUACAAAGAACGAUUUCAUCAACGAACCUCAUGGGAACUCUGAUUCUCAGUGCUCCAUGAAGCACUGUAAUCAGCCUGAAAGAAUAUCAAAGAAGAUCCUUUUGUUUAAUUGCAUGGAGAAGAGAGAUCCUCAGCUUCUGCUUCCUCAGCUUAUGAAAACUUGUACCUCAAGCGGUGUCCAGUUCUCAAAAGCUCUUUUUGUCCCUAGCAUCUCUACAUAUCAUAGGGUGGAUUCUGCUACAUCACCAGUUCCAUCAAAUCCUUCAGGGGAAGUAUCAUGGCAAUCAACUCUCCAAAGAACUUGGGAGAAGUUAAUCCAUCGAAAAGAUGUAACUACUGUCAAUGGCCUGAAGCUCCAUAAUACACACAAUUCAUCUUCAAAUGGUUUUAUCGAAGUAGAUCCCUUAGACAAGUGUGACCUUGCCGGUAAUCACUAUAUCUGCAGUGCUGUUAUCCCGUCGCUUCCGAUGGCAAUAAAUUGGUUGAGAGAGUGUGCAAGAGAAAACCCUUCUAUUCGAUUUCAGGUUCUGGUGACGGGAUCCUUGCAUCUCGUGGGCGACGUCUUGAAGCUUCUGAGGAGGUGAUGAUCCCACAAUCAAAACCGCUCCCUGUUAGUAACCUGAAUUCCUUUCUAUCACACCAUACAAUUGAUUAGAAGCGGCAAGCUACUGGUCGUACAUCAUUUACCGCCAACUACAAAUGGUGAUUAACAAAAGGAAAUUAUUUAUUACACCUAUAAAUUGUCUUGUGCAAACAAAUUUUCUCUGAUUUCUUAAAAUGUUGUAACAUUUACAGAGCCAUUUGUGCUUUGAUAAAUGAUAACCUGUAUUGUUAAGUUGUGAAAUGAGUACAAAUGUAUUGUAUUCUUAUAUCAUUA